AUGGGUAAGGAGGCAACUUGGGCAAGUGCCAAGAAGGAAAUGACUGCUCCUGAUUUCUUGUAGCAAUUGAAGAAAGUCGACAAGGAUCACAUCAUGAAUAAGACUCUAGUUAGAAUUGAGAAAAUCACAAGUGAUCCUGAAAUGCUUCCCUCCAAGAUUGAUGCCAUUUCAGUUGCUUCUGGUACUCUUUGGAGAUGGGUCUUGUCAUUGGAAAUGUAUGCCAAAGCAUUUAAGGACAUUGAACCCAAGAGAAACAAGGUCAAGUAUUUGAAAGAGAAAUUGAAGAAGAGUGAAGAUGAAUUCCAAUAAUUGCAGGAGAACUUCUAGAUUUUGAAGUAGAGUAUUGAAAAAUUGAAGACCGAUUUGUAGAGAGCAAAGGAUGAUAUGGAAAUGUAUACCAGAGAAACUUCAGUGUUGGUUAACAAAUUGGAGAGAGCAGAAAAGUUGAUAUCAGGAUUGGCAAGCACCAAAGAAGGUUGGGCUAUAAGGAGAAAGGAAUUGUAAGGAAAACUAGAAGUCUUGGUUGGAGAUGCCUUAAUGACAGCUGCAUUCUUGAGUUAUGCAGGUCCAUUCCCAUCUGAAUAUAGACAACAAUUUGUUGCUGAAUAGUUAAUUGGAUAAGUCAGAUACUUAAAGAUCCCAUACUCUAAAGAUUGGAAUUUCCCUGAUUUUCUAGUUAAACCAGUUUAGUUCUUAUAAUGGAGUCAAUAAGGAUUGCCAGAUGAUCAAUUUUCUAAAGAAAAUGGUGUUCUAGUCACUUAAGGAAGAAGAUGGCCAUUGAUGAUUGAUCCACAAGUCUAAGCCAACAAUUGGAUUAAAAAUAUGGAAAGAGCCAUCAAUAAGAAUAAUCUUAAAGAGCUAGAUCCAUAGAAUGAAAAGAUGAUGAGCAUAAUUGAAACAGCUAUUGCAAAUGGAUAAAUUGUGAUCUUAGAAAACAUGGGAGAAGAUUUGGAUCCUUCUUUGGAACCAGUCUUGAAUAAAUAAUUGAGAACAGUCAAUAAUAAGUUAAUGAUGUACAUGGGAGAAAAAGAAAUCUUGUACAAUCCUAAUUUCAGAUUCUACAUGACUACUAAAUUGGCUAAUCCAAAGUAUAAGGCUGAAACAUAAACAAGAGUCACUUUAGUUAAUUUCACAGUGAAAUAAAAAGGUCUGGAAGAAUAAUUGAUUUCAGUUGUCAUUCAAAUUAUGGAAGCCUAAUUAGAAAAGAGUAAGAAUGAUUUGGUCAAUAAGAAAUCUUAAAAUGAGAUAACUUUACGUAAGUUGGAUGAUGAUAUUUUGAAGAUGCUCUAGGAAAUCAAAGGAAGUUUGAUUGAUGAUGAAAAUCUUAUUGUCACCUUAGACAAAUCUAAGGAAACUGAGGAAGAGGUCAAGAAGCAAAUCGAAACCUCAGCUGUUUCAAUGAAGAAAACCUUUGCAGCAAGAGAAAACUAUCGUUCAUUAGCCAGAAUUGCAUCCAAAUUAUUCUUUGUUUUAAAUGAUUUUUCACUUAUUGAUCACAUGUAUCAAUUUGCCUUGUCCAAUUACAUUGAGUAAUUUGGUGAAAAUAUCAAUACAUAUCAAAGCAGAGGAGCAUCCAUAAAUGACUCUUUGUAAGAGAAAUUAUCAGAUAUUGCAGCUAGACAUUCUGAAGAGAUAUUCAAAACUGCAUGCCGAGGAUUAUUCGAGAAAGAUAAACUCUUGCUGGCCAUUUAAAUGGCUGUGAACAUCACAAGCGAAUUGAAGAGUUAGAUUACAAUUGAUUUAGAGGAAUACAACUUCUUCUUGAGAGGUGGAGAUCCAAAUGCAGAUAGAAAGAAUCAACCUCACAAUCCAAUUUCAGAUUGGGUCACUGAAUAAUAAUGGCAAGCCAUUUGUGAUUUGGAUAAAUUACCAAACUUUACUGAAUGGAAGAAGUGGUAUUUGAGUCCAACACCAGAAUCAGACGCAUUACCAGGCGAAUGGGAUCAAAAAUGUGAUAGUCUUAAGAAGAUGAUCUUACUUAAAAUAAUCAGACCUGACAGAGUUCUUUUGGCAGCAUAAGCAUUUGUUAAUGCAACCAUGGGACAAUUCUAUACCUAGCCACCUGCAACUACUUAUGAUUCGAUUUACAAUGACACCACCAAAAAUAAGCCUGUGAUAUUCAUCUUGUCUCCAGGUGUUGAUCCCU